AUGACAAAAAUAUUCUGUGACCCAGAUAGUGACGAUUGUCUGGGUAUUACCUGUGAAAAUGGUGGAACAUGCUUGGAUGAUUUUCUCGCCUGGUCCUGCACAUGCGUAGAGGGAUUUGAAGGAACUAAUUGCGAAACAAAUAUUGACGAGUGUGCUAGCUUGCCGUGCCAAAAUGACGGUGCUUGUGAAGAUGGAGAGAAUAUGUACACAUGCAUUUGUUCGGGAGGCUACGGGGGAGAUCAUUGUGAACUCGAUGUGGAUGAUUGUGUAGCAGGACCGUGUCAGAACAAUGGUGACUGUACAGACGCCCUCAACGGAUAUACGUGUGUUUGCACUUCUGGCUACUCUGGAAACGACUGUGAAACUGAUGUUGAUGAGUGUGCUUCUGGUCCUUGCCAAAAUGGAGGCCAGUGCGUAGAUGACGUCAACAUGUUCUCGUGUGUCUGCUUAGAUGGUUUUGAUGGAACGAUCUGUCAAAAUGUACUAAGUGAUGUCACCUGUAAUUUUGGUACCGAUGAAUGUGGGUACACGAAUGAUGCGACAGCGGAUGUUGAUUGGCUUAGAAGCUUUGGAAUAACUGCCCUCAGAUUCAACGGACUGGAAACGGGUCCGCUCAAUGACCAUACCAUUACCGUUGAUAUAAGUAAGUAUCCAUUACAGUGUGCUAUGAACUCUUAUAAACUAAAGCCAGGGGCCCCAGUAACAAGAAUCCAGUAA